AUGGCCGCCAACACAAUUGCAAAGGUCUUUCCUCCCAAGGGCGAUCUCGUCUUGGAACAGUACAAGGCAAAGCACAAGGAUAGCAUUACUGACCCGAAUGGUUUCUGGGAAAAGGCAGCUUAUGAACACUUGGAUUGGUUUGAGCCUUUUGAGGAGGUCUUGGAAGGAAGCUUUGAACAUGGCGACGUCCGUUGGUUUUCUGGCGGUCAACUGAACCUUUCCUACAAUGCUUUGGAUCGUCAAGUCAGAAGUGAGAAGGCCAACGAAAUUGCUCUGGUUUGGGAGGGAGAUGAGCCAGAUGACAUUCGAAAGCUCAGUUAUGCCGAUUUGCUUCGAAAGGUCUGUCAGAUCUCUAAUGCCUUGACUGCAACUGGGGUCAAGAAGGGCGAUGUCGUCACAAUCUACAUGCCUAUGAUUCCUGAGCUUGCCAUGACGAUGUUGGCGUGCUGUCGUAUUGGAGCCAUCCAUUCUGUCGUCUUCGCUGGUUUCUCUGCAGAAGCUCUCGGACAGCGUAUCAGUGCUGCUAAAUCAAAAUUCCUGAUCACGGCUGACAUCGGAAAACGGGGAGGAAAAAGUAUUCCUCUAAAGAAAAUUGUCAACGAUGCUCUUACAAAGGGGGACUGUGAUGAAGUUUGCCAGCAUGUCUUUGUUUGGGAAAGAUUCCACAAGGGAUCGGAAUCUGAACCAACCUUUGAAAUGGGACCCAAGGAUAUCAGAAUGGAUCCUCUCGUGGCGGUCCAACGUCCCUAUUGCCCACCUGCCCGUAUGGAUGCAGAAGACAGUCUUUUCAUUUUGUAUACUUCUGGAUCUACCGGAAUGCCAAAGGGACUUUUGCACAGUACCGGUGGGUAUGCAUUGUAUGCCAAGAUGACGACACAAAUUACUUUCGACUUGCAUCCCGGAGAUUUGUUUGCCUGUGUCGCAGAUUGUGGAUGGAUUACAGGACAUACAUACGUCGUGUACGGGCCUUUGCUGAACGGAAGCACUACGUUUAUGUUCGAAUCAACACCAGUGUACCCCGAUGAAGGACGGUACUGGGAUAUGGUCCAACGCCACAAGAUCACGCAAUUCUACACUGCACCAACUGCUAUUCGUUUGUUGAUGCGAUAUGGAGAUUUAGCUCCCCAAAAGUACGACUUGAGCAGCUUGAAGGUACUUGGUACCGUCGGAGAACCAAUCAAUCCCGAAGCUUGGCGCUGGUAUUACGAAGUUGUUGGAAAGUCACAGUGCUCAAUCGUUGAUACCUAUUGGCAAACUGAAACUGGAGGACAUGUUAUCACAAACCUUCCCGGGGUCACACCAAUGAAGCCCGGUUCUUGCACUCUUCCAUUCUACGGAAUCGAUACCGUCGUCCUUGACCCUCACACUGGAAAGGAGCUUACUGAACCAGACGAUAGUGGAAAUUUUGAGGGUGUCAUGGCAAUCAAGCAGCCUUGGCCAGGAAUGGCCAGAACUUGCCUAGGCGACCACGAACGCUAUAUGACAGUCUACCUCAAACCAUAUCCAGGCUACUAUUUCACUGGAGAUACUGUUUCCCGUGAUAGCGAAGGAUACCAUUUCAUUAUUGGAAGAAUGGAUGAUGUCAUAAAUGUGUCUGGUCACAGGAUUGGUACUGCCGAGGUUGAAAGUGCUUUGGUUGCUCACCCAGCCGUGGCCCAGGCAGCUGUGGUAGGACAACCGCACGACAUUAAGGGACAAGCUAUCUGUGCUUUCUGCAUGUUGACUGUUGGAUAUGAAGAAUCGCCAGAACUAGUCAAGGAGCUGAGAAUGAGUGUUAGAACUGAGAUUGGAGCAUUCUGCACCCCUGACCUCAUUGUUGUCACUCCAAGUUUGCCAAUGACUAGAUCCGGAAAGAUUAUGCGUCGCAUUCUGCGAAAGAUUGUUUGUGGCGAGACUGAUAGUCUAGGAGAUACAAGCACAUUGGCCGAUCCGUCUAUUGUGCAGACUUUGAUAGAUAAGGUCACCAGCCUCAAGAAAUAG